AGCAGAGAUGUGUAAAGCCAGCUGCCAAUGGUGGAGAGCAUCAGCGCGGGAAAGCACUGCUGACGUCGCCAUUAUCAUAUUAAUGAGAAGCGGAAUGUCUGCAGUCUCGAUAGUAGAGGCGGAGAGGAAGGUCGCCUAUCGAACUGAAAGCAAGGACAUGAAUCAGACAAAAGUGGAAACGAAUGCCUGUCAGGAAAUAUUCCGUCAAGCGGUGCAGAAAGGUGAUAUCACCGAAUUACAAAGGAUACUACAGUGUUGGGGUAAUACCCUGAACGUCAAUUAUUACAAUCAAGAAGGUCAAACGGCGCUACAUCAAAGCUGCAUGGUAGGUAAUCUGGAAUUAGUCAAAUUGUUGGUGAAAUUCGGUGCGGAUGCAAGACUGGCCAACAGGGACGGAUGGAGUCCACUUCACAUAGCGGCUUACGGUGGACAUCGAGAUAUCGCAUUGUACUUAGUAUCGAACACCAGAAGUUAACCGGUUGUGAUUUCUAUCGUUUAGGAUGUUUAGUGCCAUUUUGGAUUGUACUACUACCCGAAUUGACAUGAUUCUAUAUGAUUUGUACGUGGAAGGGCUAGUCACCUUCCCCUCUCGGAUUCUACCACCCCUUGGUGUUGCUGAUGGAGAAGGUCCAGUGCCACCGGAGGCCAGCUGCUACUUGUUAGAUUCGACACUUCACGAACCCCAAGGGAGGUUUUUCUACCUCUCCUAGAACCACUCAAAAACUAGUCCUUGUUUAAUUAAACAACUCGCUUCAGAUGUGGUAGUUGUUGCUACUGGACAUUGUGAGAUCCAUAAAACCUGAUGAGAAUGAAAAAGUUUUUUUUAUUAUUAUUUUUUUUUGUUUGGGAAUGUUUGCCAGUAUAUAAACGAGCAUUAAUAUUCUCCAUAAUUUUUUAUAAAUCGGAUAGGCUAAUAUUCACUGCCACGUUUUUUAUAUCGUGUAAAAAUGUUGGUGUUACCUCAUUUUAAAUGUAGUACACAUCCUUGUUAUUCCUGGAACAUUUUUUUUAAUACUUUGACAUCCUUUCCUCACUUGUUCAAAAAGUAGGAGUUUUUUUUUAAAAAAAAGAAUUUCCUGUUAGAGUCUCCACAUCAACUCAGACUAGAACAAAAGUCUUCUUAGCAUUUUUUUUUUCCUCUUUACUUCAUUUUCAGUAUUGUUUGUAAUCCAAUUGUCUUAUUUCUUAAUAUUGGUUGAAAGAUGUGAAAAUGUUAGACUAAUGUACCAGAAAGUAUUAAGUGAUAUUGGCCUUUUUGCCAUGAAUUGUAAAUCUGCUUUCUUGAAACUGCAGUUUUUUUUUUCUAAUUGUUAUUAAAAAACUUUUGUUGUUAUUAAA